AUGGCUUACAAGAACCUUUUGUCUUCGAAGUGGGUCUGGAAGCCGGGAAAAUGCCCAUGUGGAGGUACUUUCUCGCGGGUCUCCUGGAAGACGAGCAUGCAACGGGGGCAUGGUCGCCUGUUUGUCCGUUGCCAGGACUGCGAAGGUUACAAAGACGUCAUGAGCUUUAGCGCUUUGCCGUGUUUGCGAUGGCCCAUUGUCCACUACUGGUCGUUCUUGCAGCACUGGUUUGCGGCCAGCCACAGGCCUUCCAGCGAAGAAAUUGCUCGCAGGAUGAAAGUUUCAGGUCAAGCCAACAGCGCGGCUCGAAAACUGGGGCGAGUCCUCUUGAGUGCAGAAGCUCUGUGUGCCCAGAGGACACAACAGAAGCGAACCCUCUCAGGAUUGCUCGAGGUGGACGGUAUACGAGCUUCAGAAAGUUUGUGCUUCCUGGGACGACAACGUUGCGGUACAUGCAGUACUUUGGUGCGCUGCAGCGUGGCACACGCAAGAUCAACCUGUACCGCUUGA